AUGACAAUGAAGGCAAAAAUUAUCGUAUUUCUGCAGCUGUUGGCGAUCGUUGUCGGUAAUCCUCAAAGGGUCUUGCAGGAUGACGAUAGCGUAGAACACAUAGAAAUGAGACUAGUGAAAGCUAUGGACGCAUUGAACGAGAAGGAUAACAUCAACAUUUAUGAUAAUAUAAUAACGCUACAAAAGGUAGCAGUCAAAGAGGAUUCGAUAGAGGCUAAGAAAAACGCUGAUUCAUUGGUGGAUAGAAUCGAGAAGUUCUUGAAAACCAGAAAGAUUCACAUCAAUUUUCCGAACGAUGGAUCUUCCGUAGAUCUUUUUGGACGAGCUUUGGGACAAAAGAAUGUUGAUAUCAAGCUUGAAAGUCUAGCUUAUGGAGCUUCUGAAGCACGUACCAAAUUGAAGAGAAUGCUCCUGCCUAUAAUUCUAGCUAUAAAGUUGAAGACAUUAAUUGUUUUGCCGAUUGUUAUUACUUUGAUUGGAUUAAUUGGCAUCAAGGGUCUCGGUGCCGGUCUAAUGUCCCUUCUUCUUUCCGGAGCCAUAGCUCUAAAGGCCCUUCUCACACCACCAUCACCUCCCAGAGUUAGCUAUGGAGUAGUAAAGCCCUACGACAUUCAUGAAAAUUGGCAUAGAUCGCAGGAAGAAGUGAAUCAGCCUUAUAGAGGAUGGACAUCGGAAUACAAUGGCGAACAGUACCCCUAUCAAGACAUUCCUUAA